GUUUUCCCCGAAGCAAAGAAACGGAUAAGAAUUUUCCGUGCGCGUACCAUUCGACCAAGAGUUUGGUUUCUAGUGGCCUCGCGGGUGUUGUGCAUAUGAAUAUCGCGAAAAUCACAUUAAUAAGCCUUUGUCAUGUAAAACAGUGCAAAUAGAGAAAGCUGAUAAAUGAUCGAGGCAACCACCGAUCGUUUCUUUCCGUGAAUCAUACUGGUGUGCUGGCAAAAUUGCAUUGUCUAACACGGGACAAGGCCGCACGGACGGGCCACAGGGGCCCACCACAACCAGAAUCAAAUUAUCCCUCGUGCAAAGUGAACAGACACGAAAGACGAAACGCCUAGAGCAAGCAGAGGGCAAGAGAAGUGCGAUUUCAUGGCUUUCGGAAGUGCCGCCACAUGACAUCAUCGUCGACCGCGCGGAGGGUGGCCAAACAGUCAUUUGAAAGAACAACAUCCCACAAGAGUGAACAAAACGACCAGUGUUAGUGCCAAGUUCAUCUCUCUUCCAUUCCGUUGCGCCGUAAUUUUGGACUGACCAGCAAAAUGACCGAUUUGUCCUACCGCCACGGGAAUGGUGCGUCGACCAGCAGCAUCUACGACUACCCGGAGCAUCUCAAUCCGUUCUACGAGGAUGAAAAUCACAAGCGGUUAAGGUUCUGGAACCACAAGCCGGCCUCGAACCGAUCGCAGCGCCGUGGUAGCUUCUCGAGCUUACGCGACGGGAUCCGCGAGUUCUGGCAAUACUCAUCAACACAUUUUAGGAAGAAACGUUCAUCAACGCUUGGGGUCAACAAAACGUCGGAAAGUCCACCACCGUUGCGAAGGGAGGUGUACGAGGACGAUAGCUAUGCUACUGUCGGAGGAGGAAGUGGUGCCCACCGGAACACAGUCACCGGUUAUGAGACUCCGGCGCGCCAAACCCAAUCCUACUCAAACACGCCCCUGUUUGUACGGCAUUCGCGCUACCGGGGCUCCAUGCAAGCUCCCGCUAAGGAUAACGAUGAGAUCGGUUUCACACGCAACGAUCGCUACCGGAGUACGAUUCAGAAUGGGUUCUCAACGUACAGCACGGGAAUGGUAACGUCUACGCCACGGAAGAAGCAAGCCCCAGCCCUGCCGUACGGUACCACACCACGGGUUCCUCAGCAGCAUGGCAACACGAACCCAUUCGAUGAACCGAUGGACCAGGACGGAGACACGAUGUCUACGUACAGUCUGGACGAUGGUGACGGAAGCACCUUGCGAUCACGCAGAAAUGGAACCAAAACUCGCACAAAGCGUAGAGCACCACCACCGCCGCCACCGAUCUCCACCCAAACCACCACCUCGCAGCAAGCAAUCGAGGAAUCCCCGGCCAACGAUGAGCAGACCGAAGAUUUGCGAAAUCUUGCGGCAGAAAUUGAGAGUUUUGUUCGAGUUUCAACUACUACCGGUGACGAUAGUCCGCAGGUCCAGCCUACUGACGCAAAUGGCCCUGUCGUCCAGUCAUGCGAUGUUAAUAAUAAUGCAGAGAGCACAGAGAUUCCUACUACCGUAUCUGCGAUAGAACGUGAAAUUAUCGUACAAGAAGUGCGAGCUGCUGAUAAUGUUCCUAAAGAAACGAUCAUCGCACAGCCCGCAGCCGGGGACACUGUGGAGAAAAUCGUUACAGCAAACAAAACCGAAGAUGUGCCAUCGCAAGGCUCCCUCAAGGUGACGGAGGCACACACAACCACAACUGUUGAGAGCAUUGUUACCGUGGAGAAUGGGAAUGGAGAAUCAACACCUCCACUCCCAGCCAGUCCUAUACCGGUACCGCGCAAGAAGCACGACAAAAGUGAACCAUUGGCACCAAGAGAACCACCGGCAGCUGCUGCACCGAGUGACAUCGAUUUCGACCAGUUGGCCCUUCCGGAAACACCUGUCCCAACACGCAGAAUGAGCCGCGAACGGUACAUGGCACAGCAGGUGACGACAGUUGAGAAACCCGCUCCAAAGUUACCCAUUCCUAAGCCACCGGCAAGCUCGGCUGAAGCGGAUGAAGAUGAUGGUCCGACAACGACGAUCAUUGUGGAAAACGUGCAGUACAAACUUAAAGUAGCGCCGAUUACUACCGAGAUCAACACUAAGAUUGAGUCCGCACGCAUGAAGAUAAGCGAAUCGACCAACAACAUAGCUACUGCUACGACGACGGCUACCGAUCAUGAAACGGCCGAGAGGCGCCGUUCAGUUCGGGACAUUAUCGAGUCGAUUAACAAGAGCCAGAGUAUGCUCAAGUUCAACCAUGAUCAGUCGACCAACAGCCUACAGUCGACCCAGUCGACGGAUAGCGUAACACGCAACAUCCGGGAGCUGAAUGAGCGUGAGAAGGAGAUACAGAACUUGCUGCAGGAUAUCAAUGCAUGCUAUGGUGCCGCUUCUGACGAUACACCUAACGGUGAUAGUGCGGUAGUUUCUCCGGUACCGGCGGCGGUCCCACUGUCCACGGGUCGAGGAUCAUACUACGACAAUUUGGCGGACGAUAACUUGUGUGCGAACCUGGACGACCGGAACCAGGCCGUCGGAGGUAGGGUUAAGAAAAGUCCAACCAAAACGCUGAUUCUCAGCGAAGGAACCGACGAACAGCAGUAUCUGGAUUGCAUGGACUGGAAUCCGGUGCCGAAACCGCGACGUUCGAAUGUGCCUUAGGUGCGGCUGUACUUUGAUUUGUUACAACUAGGUUCUUGGGUCCUACGGUUCCAGUUUCGGUUCGGGGGAGACGCCAGUUGCAAUUAAAUUCAAAUUCGGUGUGAUUGUGUUGUGUAGGGUUAUGCUUAGGUAGCGACUCACGUUCGAUAUACAUUAUUUAUAGAGCCCAUGCUUGAUACGACGACGACCGACAAUGUCCGGAGUCGGAGUUUAAUUUCAUGUUCUAACGCUCAAACAGCUUGAAGCCUGUGGGUUCUACCAUUGCCAGUGCUAAGUCGGCAACCGGAUCACCAGCUGGAAAAUAAAUAUCUGAAACCCGCCA